ACGAUUUUUUACCUUUUCAACACAAAUAUCCUUUACAUGAAGCUUUACCUAUUCUUCCUAAAGAAUUUACUCUAAUUCAAAAAUCUGCACCAUAUUCAAUUUUUAGUUUAUUUUUUUCAGAACAUCAGUUGCAAACUAUUGUAACGAAUACCAAUAUAUAUGCUGCUGUUCAUAAUGCAAAACAUGGUACAAAUCAAGCAGGUGAAGGUCGAAAUUGGACUAAUUUAACUCUUAAUGAAUUUAAAAUCUGGUUAGCGCUUGUAAUAUAUAUGGGAGUAUUUAAAUUUCCGGCAAUUACUGAUUAUUGGAAAAAAGAUAGUAAUUAUCCAUCUCAUGAUAUUACUAAAACUAUGUCAUUAUUCCGAUUUCAACAA